ACAAGCGAGAGAACAUAAUCAUGCUGAUUGGAUGGAAAUAGAAACCAAUACCAUGGUCAUCAUCAUGCCCAAGAUGAAUCUCUUACAGACACCGAUAAUCGACCAAUUUUACGUCACACCUUCAGAUCCUAAUUCUGUUCGAACUACCGAGUUUGCACGAGAAAAGGGUUGCUUACGCCUCAGAAAGAGCUAUCUUUGCCAUAGAUUAUAUAGAAUAGUAUAUUGUUGUUGUUGUACAUACAAAUUGGAAUCUCACUAGCAAUUACCUGUGUGGG